UUUCGUGGAUCGGCGGAGGAGGAGGAUGCUGUGCUGACGAACCGAACGGAACGGAUUAUUUAACGCGCCGCAAAAAUGGCAACGCUUGCAAACAAAAGCCUACAAACGCUACGAAAGUUACGUUACUAGAAACUAACCCACCUGAAGUUAAAAUAGUUCAAGUGGAAAGUGCUCUUAUUGGCGAUUCGAAAACGACGGGUUAAGUUAAGUUAAUUUCGACUGUCUAUAUAUAGAUCCUCUGUAUAGGCAAGCACAAUAUUGCAAAUAGGUUAAAUAUCUAAAUAUCUCGAAAUGGGAAAUCAGCCGGGAAAGCUGCACACGCAUCCGCAGGGCGGUCGCCCCAAGAAGAAUGUCCACUGGAAGUCCGCAGAGCGACCCUCACCGCCUGGCCGACCCAUCCUGACGCCAGUGGCACUGCCGGAGCAGCAGCCGGACGUGGUGAACCUGCGCUGGGAUCGGCCACUCCACGAUGGAGGUUCACCCAUCACUGGCUAUACUGUGGAGCACCGGCGCAUGGGGUCACCGCACUGGGUGAGGGCCACGCCCACUCCCGUGGAUCGCUGCGAUGUGUGCAUCAGUGGACUGGAGCCGGGUUGGCGUUACCAGUUUCGAUGCUUUGCCGAGAACAUUGUGGGGCGAUCCGAUGCCAGCGAGCUGUCCGAUCCGCUGACGGUGACGCUGCAGCGAAAUGCCAUAACCGUGCCCCGGUUCAUCGAUGAACUGGUGGACACAAAUGCCGUGGAAGACGAGCGAAUCGAGUUCCGCGUGCGCAUACUUGGCGAACCGCCGCCGGAGAUCAAUUGGUUCAAGGACGGCUACGAGAUCUUCAGCAGUCGCCGCACCAAGAUCGUCAACGACAACGAGGCCAGUGUCCUGGUGAUCCACCAAGUGGCGCUGACCGACGAGGGCGAGAUAAAAUGCACGGCCACCAAUCGAGCGGGACAUGUGAUUACCAAGGCAAGAUUAAUGGUGCAGGCUCCUCCAAAGAUCCGAUUACCCCGCACCUACGAGGAUGGACUGAUUGUUGAGGCGGACGAAGUGCUGCGCCUUAAAGUGGGUGUGGCUGGACAGCCACCGCCCGCUAUUACGUGGCUCCAUGAGGGCGAGGUCAUCGCUCCGGGUGGACGCUUUGAGAUCACCAACACGGAGAAAAACUCGCUGCUCAAGAUCGACAAUGUGCUUCGAGAAGAUCGCGGCGAGUAUAUGGUGAAGGCAUGGAAUCGUUUGGGUGAGGACAGUACCUCCUUUCUGGUUACAGUGACCGCCAGGCCCAAUCCCCCGGGUACUCCCAAGUUGAAUAUGUCCUUUGGCAAGUCGGCUACUCUCUCCUGGACGGCUCCACUCGACGACGGAGGCUGUAAGAUUGGCAACUACAUAGUAGAAUAUUUCCGAGUGGGCUGGAAUGUUUGGCUCAAGGCGGCCACCACUCGGGCACUGACCACCACGCUUCACGAUCUGAUAGAGGGAUCCGAGUACAAAUUUCGGGUGAAGGCAGAGAAUCCAUAUGGCCUGAGCGAACCGUCGGGCGAAUCGGAGCUGCUCUUUAUCCCGGAUCCCAAGCGGGGAAUCACCAAACCGAAAUCAGCUACAAGGAUAGCCGGAGAUGAGAAGGACAAACCGAAGGCAGGAGCUGGAGGGGUGCAGGUGCCACCACGCAGAAAGACAUUAUCCCCUCCACGUCCUCAAGCGGACGCCUCCACGGGCAUGUCACCAAAACAGUCGCCCAGUGUUAAGCGGAAACCCAAGCCGCAGCUCAUAGACAACGAGCAACUAACCCACGAAAUGUCCUACGGAACCUCGGAUCAUGCUCUAAAGAUGGACGUGCGCAAGAGUCCCUCGCUGAGUAGCGCUGAUUUGGCUAAUAAGCCGACGACAGAGAGUUCCAAUCCAAAGCUUAACCUCACACUAGUGACCACUACACUGGCACCGCCGGAAAAGUCUGUACCAUCCCCCAAAGCACCUAAGACACCAGCUACCUCACCGUUGAAACUCUUCAAUCCUAAACCCUCAGGAGCCCCUAAGGAUAGGUCACCAGUGCAGCCGAAACCACAGCCAUUACCCACUCCGCCCAAGGAAAAUCCGAAUAAAGCAUCACCUAACCAGAAAAGGAGCUUAAGUCCACCCAACAAGAGGCAACCAGCGCCUCUGCGCAAGAGUCCCACGCCACCUGAACCCAUCAAGAUUACCCCAGCUCUGUUGAGGAGUGCGGAACCCGUUCAACUGGGAGUCAAUCAGAAUGUCAGGCGGUUUUCCGGACAGGCUCUAAGCCCGGCCAGAAAUGUGCCUACUUUGGCGUUGGCAGUGGCUUCCGGUGUGUCAGCUGUAAUUGGUGAGAAGCUGCCCACCAUUGAAAUCAGUGCUCCACCAACGCCCCAGGAGGAGGAACCUCCACUAUCAGAGCCCAGUCCGUCUCCAGAACCAGCUCUAAAGUCCCAAUCCAACGCUAGGCGGUUCUCCAGGUCAGCCGACAAACACGACGACGUCCACACCAGCAAUGAGUUCAUGCUGGUCGUCUUCGACAAAAAUAGCAAGGUCAAGGAUAAGGACAGACAAGAUUCCUUUGAGCUGGACCUGGAGGACGCCAUCCAGCCACCACCCAUUUCGAUUUCUGCGCCGGAUCUGGCCUUCCUAGAGUUCACAAACUUGCACACCACCUUUCCACUGCGUCGCUCCGUCAGCUCGACGGAACUCUUGUAUGAAAGGGCCAUGGCCAGGUUCUACGAGGCAGUGGAACUCGAGCAGGCUGCCAAAGCCCGCAAGACGUCGCGGGACAAACUGGUCACUCCGGUUCCCCACCAAACGCCUGCUAAUCUCCGCAAGCGUCUGGGUUCCAUUUCUGAGGCCGAACGUUUGUCUUUCGAAAGAAGAACCGAGUUGCGACGUCAAUCGGCGGAUAUGGUGUCCAUUUCACGAAAAUGGGAUUCCAGGGAAAACGUCAACGAGUUCGGUAACCUGACACGAAUCCACACCACUGGACAAUUGCCCCUUGAGACGCGAAAGGAUCUUCUGGAGCCGGAACCGGAAGAGGAACAUGAAGAUGUAGAAGAGGAGCACUUAACUGAGAGUACGGCUGAUGAUAGCGAGGAUAUCGAUUUGGAUUACGAUGAGGAUAUGGAUGUGGACGAAGAGUAUCCGGCGCAAAAGAAGCUGCAGCAGCAGUCCAGCAACGAUCUUGGUUCGGAUUACACAGAGAGCACUGCAUCCUCGGAGCAGGACUCCAUUGAGAAGUUCAAGAUGGAACUGCUGGCGCGCACUCGAUCGCCCAGUCCGCGGGAUCUGGAGACCUAUCAUCCGCGUACCAUGGGUGCUGGAACCUUUACACCAUACAGGGCCCCCACUCCGGAGCAGGCAGCCGUUGUGCUCAACCGUCCGGUGCCUCUGCCCAGUCCAGAUUUCGUGCCCAAGCCGAUCCUUAAGAGAUCCUCCAAUGAGCAUGUGGAGCAGGCUGUCAGUCCCCUGCCGAGUCCUUUGUUCUUUGGCAACGAAGCACCGACUAUCACAGUGCCUCCAACUUCAACUGUAGCAGCCAGCAAUCCCAGCACCCUCAAAAUGGACCUGGCUAAGGGAAUUAAGUCCUUUUUCAGUCGCGACAAGAGAUCAGCCACCGAGAAGAACACAGAGGCCAACGAGGAGAUAUCAAAUCCGCUGGAAAAGACCAAUGCUGCUGCCAUCGCAGCGGACUUGGAAGUCAAGAGAAAAGCGAAGGAGGAGGAGGAAUUGCGUCGCAAGGAGGAGGAGCGCCUAAUGCAGGAGGAGGCUCACGCUGCAGUGGAUCACUACAGCGAUCUGGUGAAGGAAGUGGGCAGUUCUCACAGAUACCAUACACCUCUAUACCUAGACCGGGAUGAACUGAAGCGAGCGGCUGCGAAGGCAGCAGCGGAAACCGACGAGGAGGACGUGCUCACCCAUGCGGAGGAACUGAAGAAGAGACGUGCCACCGGUGGUAGCGAAGACCUGUUUCUGGCUCCUCCAGUGGUCAGAGAGCGACGACUCUCCAUCUCGGAGCGGGAGCAACUUGUCCAUGUCCGGGAUGCAGCUAGUAGUCUGGCAUUCCACCGAUCGCCCGAAAAGGCAGAGUCCGAGCAGGAGCACGAGUCGCAGCCAUCGCAACAGGACGAGGAACCGGAGUACCCCACUGUGCUGGUGGUGCCCCCGCCGAAAUCAAAGAACAAGAACGAAUCUGAGACUGAGAGCGUCAUGAGCGAGAUGGUGGAGGCUCGUCCGGAUGCCAGGGGCCGGACUCGCUUGGUAAAGGUGAAGAGGGUGAUCAGGCGAAGGGUCCCAUCGAGCACUCGCUCACGAGACGCCUCACUCACCAGACCUGUGAUUCCGGACGUGGAGGGCAGUCAGCAGACAUCGUUGGUCCUCUCCGUCGCCGACAGGGAAUUGCUGCAGAAGGCGGCCACUCUGGCCAUCCUCCAGUCGGAGGAGCAGGCACACGAGAAGGUUCGCUCGGCACUCAGCUACUGCACGGACCUGGUCCUCUUCCUGGUCGCCUGCUAUGUGUACUUGUUCAAGGACGCACGCCUGGUCCUGCCCAUUCUGGGCCUCAUCAUCUACAGGCAGCUGGGCGAGGCAGUGAGGGGCUAUAUGCCCGGAUGGCUGCGCCGCAGGUUCACCGGGGAUGGUAGCUAGACCACCACCCAGUUAGGCAUCCCAUACCCUGCCCACACUCACAUGCGUUUAUCGGUUAAGUUAGUUUUUAUUACAUACGACUUAUUUAUACGUCUUAAGCUAAAGAAGAAGGUAUCCCCCUGAGUACAUCGUACUAGAAUCUGUAUACGUAAAAUCCCUGCAAUCCUGCUCUGGUUUUAGCAAAUAAGUACAUAGGGAAACACUUACUUUGACACGGAAAACCACCAUGUUGGAUCAACAUCUAUGAACCAGAGUAGGGAGCUACGAGAAAACCAAAGUUUAUUAACCCACUCAUGAAUAUCGCCCACUGACCAUCACCACCUUAACUUGCAUUAACAUUUGCCAUUUUCAAAAAUUAUUUAACUGCGAUCCAAAGCCCAUUUCGCAAGGAUAACUAAAAAGUCAUAAUCCCUAAAAAUCAAAAAAAAAAAGAUUAAUCCUAUAUAUUCCCAGUUUUGGUUUGCUUUGUGUGUGUAUGAGGAGCUAUGUAAAUCCUAAUGUUAUGAAGUGUUCGUUUGCGGUUCUUUGUGGUCCAUCCGGAUUGUUGGUGAUUCACUUGGAAAAUAAAGCUUAGCGUGUUAUAAA